UAAUAAGAUGUUUCCAUACCAAUACCGACCUAGACUAUUAAUAAUAAUUAAUAAUAAGAAUAUAAUAUUCAUAGGGAAACCAAAUUGUUACUGUACGUUUACGUUUAGUACUUACUGGUUUUUAUCUAUAUCUAAAAUCGUUAUUAUUAAUCUGUUAAAUAUAUGUCUUAUCUCUUUUAAAAGUAUUAGCCUAUAUAAAUGGGAAUGUUUCUUGACAAUCACACAACGUAUGUGAACGGCAACAUGAAGUUGUUGGCAGUGACUUUGUUGGCUCUAGCAGUGGCCGCCACCGCGAGGCACAUCACGCUUGAAGAUGUCAUCGAAUUAGAAAAGAUCACUCCUUACGGUUACAUCACCGCAAUCAGCUUACCAUUAGGUGACGAAGUCCGUAUAGCUGAGGAGGAAGGCAGACCGAGCUCCUCCAGAAUAGUCGGUGGUUCAUUAGCAGAUCUUGGACAAUUCCCCUACCAGGCUGGCUUAAUUUUACAUCACCCCUCAAGAUCCGGUCUCGCCAGUGCAUCCUUAAUCUCCAACAACAGAAUUCUAACUGCUGCACACAACUUAAACGAUGGUUUUUCGAAUGUUCCAAGUGUGACUGUGGUCCUUGGAACUACCACUCUAAUGUCUGGUGGUGUAAGGCAGACAACUAGUGACUAUAUUUUGCACGAAAAUUAUGACAUUUCCGUAGUCAGAAGUGACAUUGCUAUCAUCAAUUUACCAUCUCCAGUUGAGUUCUCAAACACCGUCGCUCCCAUUGCUCUGCCUUCUGGAUCUCAGCUUGAAGAAGAUUUUGUCGGUGAAGUUGCUAUUGCCUCUGGUUUUGGAAUGAAUCCUGGAAUUGGUGGUGUACUUCCUAACCAGCCGUUCAGCUACGUGGACCUGCCUGUAAUCACGAACGAUGAAUGUGCCGUGACUUUUGGAACAUAUAUUCAGCCUGGAAUUAUCUGUACGGGAAGUGUCGUCGGCAAAAACAUCUGCAGUGGUGACUCUGGCGGUCCUCUUGCUUUACAAAGAAAUGGCAACCCAUUCUUGAUUGGUGUUGUUUCGUUCGGACGCGGUGGUUGCGAUGGCGGUUCUCCUUCUGGAUACGCUAGAGUUACACACUACAUUGACUGGAUUAAUGAACGCCUGUAAUAAACAUGAAUAUAUAAAAGUACUUAAAUAAAAUUAUAAUAACUUUAAAAAGAAA